CACCAACCAAACUUCCAUGUCCCUCCGACCGAGUCCAGUCUCCCAUCUUCAACAAUCCCUCCCAAUUUUUGCGCAAAGCCCGCGCGCAAGACGGCAGCAACAUCUCUAGCGGAGAGACACCAAGUAAAUAACUCUACCAAUAUAACCUACAUACCUAUAUCUCGACAUUACAUGCACGGCGCAUAAGGCCUACUUCCCAACAUGUUUUGUCUACGCAGUUGGCUUCCGCUGCUCUUUAUCCCGACAAACGCUUCGCCCGCCUUCAUCUUCCUCUUCUUCAUCUGCACCUACUUCCUCAACCGACCCUGCGUCUACUGCUCCAUCCUGCUGCUCAUCCUCUUCCUGACCUCGUGCAACUGGUCCGACCGAUGCUUCUUCGACUUUAGCAGCAACUGGUUCCUGCCUCGCCCGACAACUCAGAUACCACCAUCCGACGAGAUUGCUGAGGCCACCUUCAACUCGACCGCUUUCGAAAUGGUAAACACCACCGUCGCGGCAAUCGUGAAAUCUGCUAGCGAGGAUCUUGAGGCGAGGAGGGUCGAGUGGUCCGGGCUGGGGAUCGAAUGGCUCAGGAAUCUCUUGGGCAAGAGGGAGUGGAGGAUUGAUUGUAUGGAUAUCUACAUUCGGCUAUAGGGGAUGCCCCUUUUGAUAUUCGACAAAGGAGUCAAUAUACCGUGGCCCUAACGAAACGUACAUUUUAUGGACACGCAUCAUCUUGAUCACUUAGACAGGGUCUUGGCAAGCGUCUUGUAUACAGCAUUAAUACAUCACAAACAAACAAAUCACAAUCUUG